AUGGCGGCACUAAAAGUACCCAUCUGCGUCAUCUCCCCCUUUCUGCACCACCACCGCCGCACACGAACCACGCGCGAAACUCCUCCUACGUCAUCAAGCCAUCUCCACCCCAGAAAAUCCCCGAGUUCGCAUAUUACCUGCCGAUCCACCUUCACCCCCCAUCUUACCGAAUACAGCAACUGUAGAAAACAGGCGUCAAAUGGUUAUAUUAAGUCUCUCACCACCCCGCUCAAAUUGUAA